GACACGAACACCACUCAAAAGACCAAUGCAACGGCCAAGAUGGAGGGCAGGGAGUUGAAGAGUCCGCCGUCCGGGCUCACGCAGCCGUCACCGCCUCCUUCCAAGCGCAUGAAGGGGAAGAAGGGAAAGGCCCAGUAUUUGGAGCCGACCAUCGUUCCCGACUUCAGCAUCAUGCCCCCGAUCCAGGAUGCAGAGCAAGCACUUUGCGAUCCGCAAGGCCUAGUUCGCACUUGUGCUUCCCGGAUCUCCUUGUUCCUGCAGCGGGUGCAGAGGCAGCUGGACCGCAUAGAAGGCUUGGAGCACAAGACGGUGGAGGAG